GAACUGUUUGCUAUAUAAGCCAAGAGCCUCCGUCUGGUUGGGCAUCAGUUGCAUUUGUUCCAUUCCGCAAGCAAAACAAUCUAAAGCCGAAUCCUCCAAGAUGUUCAAGUUCCUCGCCGCCGUUGUCCUCGCUCUGAUUGCCUGCGUUGCCGCCAAGCCCGGCAUCGUGGCUCCCCUGGCCUACUCCGCACCCUACGUGGCAUCGCCCUACGUGGCAUCGCCCUACGUCGCCUCUCCGUACUCGGCCGCCUACGCUGCUCCUUACACCGCUGCCUACACCGCUGCCUACGCCUCCCCGUACGCCGCCGCCUACACCGCACCCUAUGCCGCCUACACCUCUCCCCUUCUGCUGAAGAAGUAGAGAGCACGCCGGAAGUGCCACCCCAACAGCCGCCCACCUGCAGCCUGAAACCGGAAGUCCCGGAAGAACGAAUCCCGCAAUGUCCCAGAAAUAAACUCUAAUCAAACGAA